AUGAAGAUGCUCGUCUUUCUCCUUCCGAUAGUUUCGGUGGCCGCGAUUGGCUCUCUUCUCUGUUCGCUAAUGAUCGCGGCAUUCCUACGGCGAAGGCUUAUUCUGCUGAAUUCACAUAUCAAAAGAGAUUUUAUAGGAAAGCCGCUCCUAUUUCCUGCCAGACUCACUCAUACACGCAGAUUCCCGGAGACAGAGCGGUAUAAUUACUGGUACGACUAUUUCCUGAUCGGUAUACCGGUUGGCCUUCGUGGUCGAGUUGGGAAUCUUCUGUCUAUUGACAGUUUACCGCAACGGGAACGACUUUGGGAAAAAUGUUGGUUCACUAUCGAUCCGACUUAUUACCUUGACCGUGGCAGCGGCGACCGCAGCCUAGAAGAGAAAUUGCAUGUCUUCUUGAAAUCAGUGGGCGAGGAUCCGAAGGAGUUUCCUUACGCAUAUCUCAUUAGCGUACCACGAUUCUUAUGGUUCCAGAAAAGCGCUAUCAGCUACUGGUAUCUGUAUUCAUCAAACCGGGAAUUGACUGCCAUGAUAAUGGAGAUCAACAAUUCAUUCUUCGAAAAAAGGAACUUCUUCUUCCGGGUAACCGGUGAUGGCAUGGCUGUUGAUAGUGCUAAUAAUUGGUCAACGACUACGACGGUGUCGGCGAAGGGUUGCCAUGAUAAAUUGUCCCUUCAUUUUUCACCCUCAAUGCCAAAGUCAAAACAGUACAAAGGUAGCUGGGAGAAAGAUAUCUUCGGUUCACCCUUCGAGAAGGUUGGCGGAUUAAUGGUAUCCAAGUCAGUUGACCCAGUGCUUGGGCCAUCAAUCCAAUCCAACUUGAGCUCCAAUACCCCGGAUGGCCAAGUCAAGGUAACAAGCCGUCUCUCUUCUUGGGGUGAGCCAGUAGAUCCAUUGGCAGCCCCAGGCUGGAUUAUAGCGAGAUUCAUUGCACGAUGGACGCAUGUUGGUGUUCUUUCUGCGCCUCGAAUUGUCAAACAAGCGCUCCGGAUUCGAUUGCGAGGUAAACUCACCUACCUGAAAAGACCCGAGGUCAGACCAGGGAGUAUUCCUCGGAAGGAAACAGAAAUUGAGAGGCAAGUAUGGGAUCUCGAACUUCCUUUUCGACAGUAUCUAUCCGAGCUAGCGUCCCACACCUCUUUCCCAGUAUCUAUCAAAUAUGUCCCUCCCAAGUCAAUUCACUUUGAUGACAUGACUUUUUACUCCCCAUCUUGUACUACCUCGAGCUCACAACCAACUUUGACAAUUCAACCCCUUACUCCACGAUUCUAUACGUCCUUCCCACAAUAUGAUAGUCCUCGAGCUGCAUUUUUCACAGAGACAAAAGCAACACCGAUGAAUUCGGAUGAAUCUUCUUGCCGUUUGUCUAUAUCAGAUCACUCACUAUUGGAAUUGGAUCAAGUUCUGGCCACCGCCGGGCAGACUCUGGAUACUGAAGCUGCAAAGUUAGGAGCCAGGAAUCCUAAGGACUGGAAAUGCAAGAUACUACAGAAAGUAGUAUCCUUCCUCCGUAACUCACCAGCAGAAACAUUCAUGGAUCGGUUCGUGAGCCACUACGCUCACCCCUCAUUGCAAUACCGGCCAUCGUCCAACUAUGCUACAUAUCAGCACGGAGUAUAG